AUGGUGUGUCGGUCACCGUUGCCACUUCUCUCUCCGCCACUAUCUUCACCGUCGCUAAACGGAGCUGCUUCUUCUAUCGGUAGCCCUUUUAUCUCCGUUCAACGCUUCCCUCUGAGCCGCAGGACAAGGAAGCAGUUGCAGGUGGUGUCUAUGGCUCCUGAGGAAGAGAAGCUCACUCGUCGCAACCCUCUCGAUUUCCAGAUCGUAAUUAGAUUUCCUUUUCGAAAUUGGCUCUACAGAUUCUUAGGGAAAGUCAAAGUUGGCUAUUUUUUAAUUUAA